AAGUUGUAUCAGGAGGAUCUUUCAGUUUUGGAAGACGACGAAGAUAAUUAUGACGAGGCGGAAGAGCUAGAGACCGAUAUCCUCGAGAUUUGCAUUGAAAGAUUUACAGAGAACGUCUGUUCUGUAAUUCCUUUAUUGAAAUCGCCGAGGCUCUUUGAAGAACCAGAACUUUAUUUUGUGGAUUUUGUCACUUCUGCUUUGCCCAAAUUUGGAAAGUGUAAUAAGGACGGAGAACUAUUGAGAUGGAUUGUUUUAUAUCAUCUAGGUCAGCAAAUUCCUAACCCGGUCAGACUUCAUGUCUUUUGGUGGGAAAAAUCCGAAACUGUGCUUGCCAAACUGCAGGUGAUGGAAAUGUGUCCGGAGGUCAUAAAAUCAAUAACUUCCUUGAAAAAUGAGGAAAUUAUGAGUCUCGACUUAGAAGCAUGUUUAUUGGAGGGAGUAGUUAACGUUUUUAUGAAUAGGAUCGAUUCAAUGAAUAAUGUGAUGGGGGCUGAGCAGAUGCUUCACGCCUGGCAAAGAGACGUCGCCAAUAUCUUAUCUCUGGCCACAAAACUGUCGAAUAAUGUUACUGGAAACCAAUCCUUGCAAAGAUUACGGAUUUAUAAUGAUUUAUCCAAAUCUCUCAAGCUACAAGAUUUGCUAGAAAUCAGAAAGGUGGAAGUUACCGAGAUAAAUGAAGAAAUGCUUUCCAGACAGUUCAUUGAUAAUGUUUUUAAGAAAUUAGCGGGCUACGAUAAAAAUGAACUCAGUUUAUCCUCACAAAGAUCGUUUAUAAAUAGAUGUCUUAACACGCUUUCCAUGGAUUCACCUAUUCGUCCGUUCCUUUACACAAAGAUUUUUUCUACGGAUCCUCUGCCCCUGUCAUUCCCCAUC